CAAGGGGACAUGGGAGGGACGAAAGGAGAGGGGGGAAAGAGGGGGGGGUCCAGUCUCCCCUGGCCGAGCACUUUUUUGGGGAAGUCCUAGGACUGAUCUCCAGGACCUGGACUCUUCUCCCAGCCCCUAGGUCCCCGCUCAGCCAAGGCCUUCCCUGCCAUGCGACCUGUCAGUAUCUGGCAGCGGAGCCCAUGGGGGCUGCUGCUCUGUCUGCUGUGCAGCUCAUGCCUGGGAUCUCCAUCCCCAUCCACGGCCCCCGAGAAGAGGGCUGGGAGCCAGGGGCUGCGGUUCCGGCUGGCCGGCUUCCCCAGGAAGCCCUUUGAGGGCCGAGUGGAGAUACAGAGAGCUGGCGAGUGGGGCACCAUCUGCGAUGACGACUUCACGCUUCAGGCUGCCCACGUCCUCUGCCGAGAGCUGGGCUUCACAGAGGCCACGGGCUGGACCCACAGUGCCAAAUAUGGCCCUGGAACAGGCCGCAUCUGGCUGGACAACCUGAGCUGCAGUGGGACUGAGCAGAGUGUGACCGAGUGUGCCUCCCGGGGCUGGGGGAACAGUGACUGUACCCAUGAUGAGGAUGCUGGAGUCAUCUGCAAGGACCAGCGCCUCCCCGGCUUCUCGGAUUCUAAUGUCAUUGAGGUAGAACAGCACCUGCAAGUGGAAGAAGUGCGACUUCGGCCCGCCGUGGGGAGGGGCAGGCGGCCUCUGCCAGUGACCGAGGGACUGGUCGAAGUCAGGCUUCCCGAAGGCUGGUCGCAAGUGUGUGACAAAGGCUGGAGCGCCCAUAACAGCCACGUGGUCUGCGGGAUGCUGGGCUUCCCUAGCGAAAAGAGGGUUAACACGGCCUUCUACAGAAAGUUGAGGAAGCGAGCGGCCAAAGCCUCGGCCCGACGCCCCAAGCCCCUUGGAAGACCAAUCACCAAGCUUAAAGUCAAACCCAAACCCCGAGUGGGCAGGGGAUCAAUCAAGAGGCUGCUGGCCCAGCGGCAGCAACACUCCUUUGGUCUGCAUGGGGUGGCGUGCGUGGGCACGGAGGCCCACCUCUCCCUCUGCUCCUUGGAGUUCUAUCGUGCCAAUGACACCACCAGGUGCCCUGGGGGGGCCCCUGCGGUGGUGAGCUGUGUGCCAGGCCCUCUCUACGCAGCAUCCAGUGGCCAGAGGAAGCAACAACAGUCGAAGCCUCAGGGGGAGACCCGAGUGCGUCUAAAGGGUGGGGCCCACCCUGGAGAGGGCCGGGUAGAAGUCCUGAAGGCCAGCACAUGGGGCACAAUCUGUGACCGCAAGUGGGACCUGCAGGCAGCCAGCGUGGUGUGUCGGGAGCUGGGCUUCGGGAGUGCUCGAGAGGCUCUGAGUGGUGCCCGCAUGGGGCAGGGCAUGGGUGCCAUCCACUUAAGUGAGGUUCGAUGCUCUGGACAGGAACCCUCCCUCUGGAAGUGCCCCCACAAGAACAUCACAGCCGAAGACUGUUCCCAUAGCCAAGAUGCUGGAGUCCGAUGCAACCUGCCCUACACUGGGGUAGAGACCAAGAUCCGACUCAGUGGGGGCCGCAGCCAACACGAGGGGCGAGUGGAGGUGCAAAUAGGGGGACCUGGGUCCCUUCGCUGGGGGCUCAUCUGUGGGGAUGACUGGGGGACACUGGAGGCCAUGGUGGUCUGUAGGCAACUUGGACUGGGCUAUGCCAACCAUGGCCUGCAGGAGACCUGGUACUGGGACUCAGGGAACAUAACAGAGGUGGUGAUGAGUGGAGUGCGCUGCACAGGGUCUGAGCUGUCCCUGGACCAGUGUGCUCAUCAUGGCACCCACAUUGCCUGCAAGAGAACAGGAACCCGCUUCACUGCUGGAGUCAUCUGUUCCGAGACUGCAUCAGACCUGCUGCUGCACUCAGCACUGGUGCAGGAGACCGCCUACAUCGAGGACCGGCCCCUACACAUGCUGUACUGUGCUGCAGAAGAGAACUGCCUGGCCCGCUCAGCCCGCUCAGCCAACUGGCCUUAUGGCCACAGGCGUCUGCUCCGAUUCUCCUCCCAGAUCCACAACCUGGGACGAGCUGACUUCAGGCCCAAGGCCGGGCGCCACUCCUGGGUGUGGCACGAGUGUCAUGGGCAUUACCACAGUAUGGACAUCUUCACUCACUAUGAUAUCCUGACCCCCAAUGGCACCAAGGUGGCUGAGGGCCACAAAGCUAGUUUCUGUCUAGAAGACACCGAAUGUCAGGAGGAUGUCUCCAAGAGGUAUGAGUGUGCUAACUUUGGAGAGCAGGGCAUUACCGUGGGUUGCUGGGAUCUUUACCGGCAUGACAUCGACUGCCAGUGGAUUGACAUCACAGAUGUGAAGCCAGGAAACUACAUUCUGCAGGUGGUCAUCAACCCCAAUUUUGAAGUAGCAGAAAGUGACUUCACCAACAACGCAAUGAAGUGUAACUGCAAAUAUGAUGGACAUCGCAUCUGGGUGCACAACUGCCACAUUGGUGAUGCCUUCAGUGAAGAGGCCAACAGGAAGUUUGAGCGCUACCCUGGCCAGACCAGCAACCAGGUCAUCUAAGGUGCUGCCACCCUCCUCUGAAAACCACCACUGGCCCCUAAUGGCAGGGGUCUGAGGCUGCCAUUACCUCAGGAGCUUACCAAGGAACCCCUGAUGUCAGCAGGCCAGCCAUGCUCAUCCAGUGUGUGCUAUGGAUGUGGAAACAUCAAAACGAAGUUAUUGCCCUCCUUCCUACGCCAGCUGCCGGAUCUGUGGCCAAGCAUGGGGAAUUUUUGCUCCCAGGCCCAGCACUGAGUGAAGCACACUACAAAGAGCAGCACCUGACUGACUGCCCAGAACAACAGACAGCAGGAGCUCAUUUUCUCAAAUAGGGAGGUCAGAAUGGUCAGCUCCAGUAUCUCCCCUCCGUUCAGGGGGAAUACAGCUUUACCUCUAGCCUCUUCAUGGGGAAAAAGAUCAGUACCCCCCGCCCCGCCCUUAUUUUUGACUAUAACAUGAUGCUAGGUAUAAUUUUAUUUUAUAUAAAAAGCAUUUGUGUGA